UAAAUGCUAGAGUUUCAGUACAUAGAUGGAAGGAGGAUGGAAGACUAUCGAAAUUCAUCCCCUCGAAAGUUGUUUUCAAUUAUCUUUGAGAAUAGAUUUAAAAUAAGAGCAUUAGAUUUGUCAGGUUUUCCCAAAAGCAGGAUGUUAAUAAAAAUAAAGAUCUGGCCAAGUUUAAGGCAACACGCUUUAUUUUUGUCAAAAACCCACUCAUGAAAAAAUCUAUUUCUUUAAAAUGCAUUUAGCAGCAAGCCAAAGCAAUCGAUCAGGAACUCACUUGUAGGUUGGAACCCAGACGCUUAUGCCUCUAUUAGUCUGCCAUGGAGGGUAACCGUGCAUCUUCCAGGUACCAAGUGAGAGAAAAAUACUCUGCAAUGUGCUGUUGAACCGGAUAAUAUCAUAAAUAACACUAAAUAGAUAUUCUGACCUGGCUGAAUGCAUGUGGCCAGAAAAGAACAUUACACAAACAAACCUUUAAAUACCCUCCCUCUUUUAUCCAUAUAUGUAUAUAUAUAUACACAAAGGAUUACCAACUUGCUAUGAACAGCCGUGGACACAACAACAACAUAGUGAAAGGAAGCUGUUCCUCUACAAACACUACAAGGAAAUGAAGGAUUAGAGAAAUGACACAGCGGAAGAGAGCCAGCCUGAAUUUUGGAACAACAAAAUGAUAUCCAGGAUUAAUGAAGCCCUAAAGCUAAAGCCCAUUCAGCACAGAGCUAAAAACCUGAUCCUCUUCUUAGGUGAUGGGAUGGGAGUUCCAACAGUCACUGCCACCAGGAUCUUAAGUGGGCAGAUGAAGAGAAUGCUGGGAGAAGAAAAUGAGCUGGCAAUGGACAAGUUCCCCUACACGGCACUCUCUAAGACAUACAAUGUGGAUCGCCAAGUUCCUGACAGCGCCGGUACUGCAACUGCUUAUAAUUGUGGAGUGAAAGCCAACUAUGGAACAGUCGGAGUGACUGCUGCUGUCAAACGUUCCAACUGCAGCAAUAUGAAAGGCAAUGAGGUUGAAUCGGUUCUCAAGAAAGCAAAGGCAGCAGGAAAAUCGGUAGGAAUUGUUACUACAACACGAGUCCAGCAUGCUUCCCCCUCUGGCACUUACGCUCACAUUCCUGACCGGGAUUGGUAUAGUGAUGCUAACAUGCCCGCAGACGCUGUGAAUUUUGGGUGUAAAGAUAUUGCCCAGCAGCUGAUUUCAAAUGUGGACAUAGAUGUCAUCCUUGGUGGGGGGCGGAAGUAUAUGACACCAGUGGGAACUUCUGAUCCUGAGUACCCUGCAGAUAAGAAGCAAAAUGGCAUAAGAAAAGAUGGAAGGAACCUUAUAGAUGAAUGGCUUCGGAAAAACAAGGGGGCUCAGUAUGUGUGGAAUAAAGAACAACUGGAUAAAAUCAAUGUCUCCACUGCAAAACAUGUGAUGGGUUUGUUUGAACCAGCAGAUAUGAAAUAUGAGUUGAACCGCAAUAUUACUACAGACCCAUCCAUUGUGGAGCUAACAGAAAUAGCUAUCCGUCUCCUACAGAGGAACCCCAAUGGAUUUUACCUCUUUGUUGAAGGUGGAAGAAUAGACCAUGGGCAUCAUGAUGGACAAGCCAAGCAGGCACUAACCGAGGGGGUAAUGUUUGACAGGGCUAUCAAAAUAGCAGGCCAGCUCACCAAUGAAAUGGAUACUCUAACUGUGGUGACUGCUGACCACUCCCAUGUCUUCACCUUUGGGGGUUAUACUUAUAGAGGAAGCAGCAUAUUUGGUCUGGCUCCAAAGAAAGCUUUUGACAACAAGUCUUACACAUCCAUUCUUUAUGGUAAUGGGCCUGGGUUCAACCUAACUGGCCAAGGCCGUCCUAAUGUGGAUAGCAAUAUAAGUGAGGAAGUUGGCUAUUUGCAGCAGGCAGCAGUGCCUUUGGAUUCUGAAACCCAUGGCGGGGAAGAUGUGGCCAUAUUCUCAAAGGGGCCUAUGUCACAUCUAUUUCAUGGAGUCCAGGAGCAGACAUAUGUAGCCCAUGUCAUGGCAUAUGCAGCUUGUUUGCCUCCCUACAAGGACUGCCCUCCCCAGCGUAAUGCUGCUCCCACAACCAAAACAAGUGCUGCUCUGCUUCUGGUGCCUGCUGUCUGGUUACUCAUCUCUCCCAUGGUUGGUUUAAUAUUUUAAAGCAAUAGCCACAGGAGAGGGAUUGUCUGUAGCCUGCGCUCAAAUGUGCUAUCAAUGCAAUGUGACUUCAAACAUUUCAGUCUGUUAAAACCAUUUCUAAGUCCGAGGCAUAAGAUUUACAGUAUGUGGUGUCUGUUAAAAAAUGUGCAAAAUGGGAAUCAGUGAAAGUCAUCAAGUUACCCUUUGUAACCAAAACACUUUAACCUAACAGAGACUGUCAGUCAUGUUCCCCUGGGAACGAAGGUUUGGUCUUACAUCCGCCCUCUUCAACUUCUCAUUUUCUCGUUAAGCCUCUUAUUUUUUAGGCAUUUUGUCAAAAAGAAAAGUUUGUUUUAAUGCUUGUGCAAAUUAAUAUAUUAAAGUGAUAUUGACACAUA